AUGCCUCUCAUCUUGGAGUCCCACGACUCCCUACCUUAUAUCGACCCGGACAUUACUAAUGCCGACCGCGACCAUGCCAAAGCCUUGAUCACAGAACACCUCCCUCCCAACUAUCUGACCACGCCGCAUCCCUCUCUUGCCCCUCUUCCUACAGUCGAGUUUUCCGAAAUCUUCCUUCAAGAGGUUAACCGGCUAGCGGCGGGUCAGCCCCGCCAGGCAGGGAUCGACCUGUCACGAUAUGAAGCACCUGAGACACCAGCCAGUGAUAGCAGUGAGGAGGUGAUGCGACAAGCACUACGGAAUGCGUAUGUCUCGAGAACAUUCCUGUCAGGCAGACACACGAACCUGAUCCUCUUGGAUGAAUUCGGCAAAAAUGCUUGGCUCACCGGCAAUUCCCAAGCAGAAGAAAUCCUCCAAGGCCUGGAACGAGAACUCGCCAGGGUGAAAGCUGAAACUGAGAGGGUAAAUAAAGCACGAAAGGCAGCGCAAGAAGGCUCCAAGGGGGAGCUUCUGGGGCUGGAAGAUGCUUGGAAGCGCGGAAUAGGUCAAAUACUGGAGAUACAGGUCGCUACCGAUCGACUGCAGCAGCUGAUUGUCGAACGACAACGCAACCCUGCACCAAUUCCCUGA